AUGGCGUCGUAUCCAUCAGCAGGCCGGCCGGCGCAAUCAUUACCGCAAGCGGGAGCCGUCAAACCGCCUGUUAAGCAAGAGCCAGGCGGCGCAGCAGCAGGCGGAGCGGCGGGAGCCGCAGGCCCCGCGGGGGGAGCUGGCGGAAGCGCUUCCGCUUCCGCCUCCGCGAAGAAGGCGGUUCCGCCAGCCGCGUGCAGCGGGUGCGGGGCGGCGGGGGGAGACCUUUCGCAGAGCGAGUGCGGACACAUGUCGCUCUGUAACGCGUGUGGACGGAGCAUGGCUGAGAAGCAGGCCACGUGUCAGCAGUGCGGCGCGGUUGUGGAUAAGCUAGUUAAAGAGUUCCUAGUCCGCGUUAAGCCGGCCAAGGCGCGCACGCGACCACUGCUACUAGAGGACGACACGGGCCAGGCGUCGUAUGUGGGGCACAUGGAGGGUGGGUGGCAGCAUUCGGCGUAUUAUCUGCUCGUCAUGCACGGCAAGGAGUUUGUCGCCAUUCCCGCUAGCCAGUGGUAUGCCUUUGGAAAGCAAGCCCAGUACAAGACGCUAACCCUAGAAGAAGCAGAGCUGUGCAUGCAGUCGAAACGGCGCAAGGCCGACGGGUUUCGAAAGUGGCUCACCAAGGAAGAGUCCGAGAAGCUUCUUGCGGGAGGAGGGAAGGAAGGGGGCGGUGGCGGGAGGGGAGGAGGGAGGAAGAAGGGAGGGUUGGAUGAUGGGCUAGGGUCGGAUGAUGAAGGGAUGGGGGGGGAUAUGGAGGAUGGGGAGGGGAGGAAGAGAGGGCAGGGGAAGAAGGGAGGGGAUGAUGACGAUGAUGAAUUGCCCAAGGAAGAGUUCGAGCUGGAAAUGGAUGGGGAUAAAGGUGAGCGGGACUUGACAUGUGUGGCACUGAGGAUGAAAACGUAUGUGAUGGCACGGAGGCUAUUGAAGAAGAAGGGAGGGGGUGAUGAGGAUGAUGAGGUGCCCAAGGAAGAGUUUGAAUUGGAGGUGGAUGGGGAUAAAGGUCAGGACUGGGAGCACGACGAGCUGCUUUCAGAUGAUGACGAGGCGACGGCGAUGCAGCCAGAGGAUGAGAAGGAGCAGGAGAGGUGCUUCAGAUAUUCCCUUACUUCAUGCUUACCCCCUUGCUCCCUCCAGGACUGGGAGCACGACGAGCUCUUUUCAGACGAUGACGAGGCAACGGCAAUGCAGCCAGAGGACAAGGAGGAUGAGAAGGAGCAGGAGAGGAGCCCGGCUAAAGAGGCGCCUCAAAAGGAGGUGUUUUUUGAGGCGCCGCAAAAGGAGGUGUUUUUUGAGGCGCCUCAAAAGGAGGUGUUUUUUGAGGCGCCUCAAAAGGAGGUGUUUUUUGAGGCGCCUCAAAAGGAGGAGGAGGUGGAGGAGGAGGAGGAGGAACAGGAGGGUGAGGGACAGGAGGAAGGGGAGGGGGGGGCACUAAGCCUUGCAGGCAAGGCUCUAAAGAAGCUGCUGCAUAAGGCUGGGGUGGAAGGGGAGGAGGGGGUGGGAGCGAGGGGAAUCGGGGGAGCAGGAGAGGAGGAGGACGGGGAGGAUGAUGAAGAGGAUUUAGAUAUCGCCUUCUCGCCUAUUUUCCAGAGGGGGAAGGGGGCUGGAGCAGCGGCGGGCGGGCCGGGGGCGGGAGGCGGGAAGGGGGACGGGGGAGCAGCGGCGUCUGUUGCUGCUGGUGCUGCUGCUGCGCUGAGUGCUGCUGCUGCAGCAGCGGCGGCAGCAGCAGGGAGGGGGCUGAAGCGAAAGGACCUGGAGAAGGGUGCAGCUGGGGGAGGUGCAUCUGGAGCAGGAGCAGGGGCAAAGAAGGGGAAGGUGGAACCGGGGAAACGAACCCCUCCUCUGCCUGCGAAGCGGGAACCAGGGGCGGGUGGAAGUGCAGCAGGGAAGGCAGGGGGAGGUACAUCUGGGGGAGGUGCAUCUGGGGCAGCGGCAGGGCCGAAACCGACAGCGGUGACAGAGGAAGCGGUGAAGGGCAUUCUGAGGCAGGCUCCUAUCAAGAGUGCCGAUCUGGUGAACCGAUUCCGAUCAUGCCUCAAGACUGCAGAGGAUAAAAAACGAUUCCAGGAGAUUAUCAAGAGGGUGGGCAAGAUCCAAGCAGUGAACGGAGAGAAGUUCAUCGUGCUGCGCUGA